AUGCCGGUCAAGAGCGGCGCCAGCUUCCGGCUCACGGCGCUGCCGAUGAUUGUCGUGGCGCAGCUGCUCGCCGCUGCCGUCUUCACGCUCACCCUCGUAUGGGUGCUGCACUUCAGGGAGGGCGUCACCUGGGAGAUGGGCUCUAUCCCUCAGCUGGUUUACACGGCUCACCCCCUCUUCAUGGUAAUCGGCCUUGUCAUUUGCACCGGAGAAGCGGUGAUGGCGUACAGGAUCGUGCUGGGCCCGCGUGCGGCAAGGAAGGCGGUGCACCUUUUGCUGCAUCUGCUUUCCCUGGGCUUCGCAGCCGUCGGGUUGUACGCUGCCGUCAAGUUCCACCGCGACGCCGGCCUCCCUGACAUCCACUCCUUGCAUUCCUGGCUGGGAAUAGCCACCAUCGGCCUCUAUGCCCUUCAGUGGCUGGUGGCUUUCGUGUACUUUGUGUUCCCUGGGGCUAUGAUGACCAUGAGGGCAGACUACGCGCCGUGGCACAUCUUCUUCGGCAUCGUCAUCUUCCUCAUGGCCGUCUGCACCGCUGAGACUGGCCUCGCCAAGUACAUCUUCCCCGGCAACGACUAUCCAAGCGAGGCGUUCGUCAUCAACUUCCUUGGGAUCUCCAUCUUCGUGUUUGGUGUUACCGUUGUCCUAGCCGUCAUCCUUCCGUCAAGAUACUAGCUUACUGCAGCUUGCGGAGUAUGGUGCAGCCUAGGCAUCUGUCAGGUGGAGAAGAAAAAGAAUUGCUGACUUAAUUAUUCAUCGGUGGAUCUCACUUAAUGAGCAAAUGUAAAGCGUCCAAUCAGAAAACUUUCACAUGUUUUAACAUGUCUAGUAUGGUUGGUGUCUCGUGGUAG